AGGAUGGAGUAAAGAACUGAGCACCUAUGAAUGGUGGCUGGUGGCUUCCAGGUGGCUGGAAGAGAGUGAAAGAGACAGAGGGGACAAGGAGCAGUUGCAGAGAUGGGAGAAGUCACAUUUACCUUGCCUGUGUCAAUCAUGAAGACAGGUGGUAUGUUGGUGCGAGAUCUAUAACUACAUUUCAACCCAGAGGCACAGUGUUGUUGCCUAGUUACCAUACAGUGAUGAAAUAGGGGGCCGGGGUAGAGGGGAGGACACAGGAAGGGCUCUGUCAUCACUAGGGGAAGUUCAAGCAGCAGAGGGCAUCUGUUCAGAUCACUGAAAACUGAAGACCUGAUGGGACAGCAGAGAGGGAGGAGAGACACAGUGAGCUACAGCAUCAUUUUCUGGCUGUCCCUCGUCCAUGGCCUCUUCAGCUGCCAUUUUGGAGAUUCUGGAGUGUGAAGGAUCUGUCAGCACCAAGGAGAGCAGCUGCCACGCCAAUGAUGAUGGGACCAGCACAGAGGAAGCUGACUUUGAGGUCAAGGGCUACACUUUCAGCGAACCCUUCCAUCUGAUUGUGUCCUACGACUGGCUCAUCCUCCAAGGUCCAGCUGCACCCAUAUUUGAAGGGGACUCACUAGUCCUGCACUGUCAGGCCUGGCAAGACUGGCCACUGACUCAGGUCACCUUUCACCGAGAUGGCUCCGCCCUCGGUCCCCCUGGACCUAAAAGAGAAUUCUCCAUUGCUGUGGUACAAGAGGCAGACAGCGGGCACUACCACUGCAGUGGCAUCUUCAGGAGCCCUGGUCCUGGGAGCCCAGAGACAGCAUCUCCCGUGUCUGUCACAGUCCAAGAACUGUUUCCAGCCCCAGUUCUCAAAGCCUCACCCUCAGCUGAGCCCCAAGAGGGAAGCCCAGUGACCCUGAGCUGUCAGACAAAGCUGUCCCCUCAGAGGUCAGCUACCCGCCUCCUCUUCUCCUUCUACAAGGAUGGAAAGACAGUGCGAAGCAGGGAUCUGUCUUCAGAAUUCCAGAUCCUCACAGCUUCAGUAGAGCACUCUGGGUCCUACUGGUGUGAGGCAGCCACAGAGGACAGCCAAGUUUGGAAACAUAGCUCCCAGCUGGAGGUCAGGGUGCAGGGUCCCUCCAGCUCUGCUGCCUCUCCCACCUUGAAUCCAGCUUCUCAGAAAUCAGCUGCUUCGGAAACAAGUUCUACAGAGCCACCCAGGCCUGUGCCUCCACUAGCCACCCCGACUUCUGAGGCCCCAGUCUUCUGCCCUCCUGACCCCCAUCUGCAUCACCAGAUGGGCAUUCUUCUCAAGCACAUGCAGGAUGUACGGGUUCUCCUUGGUCACCUGGUCACAGAGCUGAGGGACUUGUCUGGCCACCGGAAGCCUGAGACCACAAAGCCUCCUGCCAAAUGAAAGUACAUGAGUCACCCACGAUGGGGCUCAGACACUCCCUGUGAAUCCAGCUCUAUUGUCGAUUUCUGUCCUGCACAUAGGCAUAAAUAGUUUUAUAAGCUGUCCCAGCAUCUUGUUAGAAUAAUGAAGGUAGGUGAGUACAAAUAAAUUUGUAUGAAGUGAUAGCUGGA